AUGGAGAAACUCUCUGCGGCGAGAGGAGCUUCAGCGCGCCCUUCUGACGCUCAUAGCACUCAGGUCUCCGAUAUGCCACAGAACGUGCCCAACGCGCCACUGAAGAAGGUUACCAUUACGCUGGCACGGAAGCGGCAGAAGACGGAAGAAGUAGUAUCACAAGAGCUCCUAGAUGACCGUGACAGCUCCUUCUCAUUUACGGAGAUGCCGUUGGACGUACUUCUCGAGAUACUCGGCUACCUCGACCCCAUCUCCCUACUCUACCUCUCUCACAGCUCAAGUUCCCUACGCAAUGCCCUCAUGAGCUCGUUCGCAAAGAAGAUAUGGGCAAAGAGCUACGCCGAGACGAAGCACGGACUGCCUCCCAUGCCCGAGGACAUGUCCAUACCCCAGUUCGUCGCCCUUGCGGUCGAUAACUUCUGCGAUUUCUGUCUCGUGUCUUUCCCGAAGGAAGCGCUCAUCAUCCGGAUUUGGGCCGCACGGCUUCGGUGCUGCAGGGAGUGCAUGUAUGAUAGCAAACACAUCCUCGUCGAAACCCACAUGAGCGGACGAGCACUGGCCGACGACUUCUACUGCUACUUCGAACGCGAGCGCAUCCAUGAACUCCUUCCGGGAUUUUCUGAAAACGACUCCGAGUAUAGCCGCCGCCGCUUCCCGCGCGCCAUCGUCGAGGACCUGGGCGCCGAAUAUCAUCGCGACAAUGACGGCAAGACCGACCAGGAGAAGAGGGCCUGGCUCGAGCGGAAAAUGGACGAGGGGAAGGAGAUUAGAAAGCACGCAAAGCUCUGCAAGAACUGGGAGAAGCAGCAGGCGGAGAUGGCGGAGAGGAUGCGGGAGGAGAGGCGGGAGGAGAUUCUCGCGCUGUUGAGGCAGGCAGGGUAUGCCGAGGAGGUGAAGGAUUGGGGAGAGUGGCAGUCCUUCAGGAUGCAUACGUUCGUCAACAGGGCCCAGCCGCUCAUGAAGAAAGAAUGGAGAACCGAAGGAGGCGCCCUGAUCGCGCUCGCCGAGCAGACGAGAGUCAAACGGCUAGAGAAAGCAAGGCGAUCUAUCUUCAAGACCCGCUAUCGCACCGUCGAGCAGGUCUACAAGAACUACCUGCGCGGCAAAUCUGCUGAGGAGCAAACCCUCCUCCCAGGUAUCGGCGACGUGGUCACCUUCGAGGAGGUUAAGCGCCUCAUUGAGGGCGCGCCCGUCGAGCGGAAAAUCACCGCCAACGUUGUGCGCACCCUAAUCACCGAGCUCGAGAAGACACGCUUCCCGGCGUGGCGCGCGUCGUGCGAGGCCGCUCUCGUCAAUCUGCUCAACGCCAACGCAACCCGCGCCCGCUCGGACCUCGACCUCGCCACGUCGGUCUUCGUCGACAAGGACAGCGGGUGUACCUUAUGGUACCCCGAGUUGCUCAACCACCGCGGCUCGCUGGCCAACUUGGAGCUCGACGACCCGCAGGCGCUCGUCCGCCAGCGCGCGUGGUCGGCGGGGCAGCUCUGCGUCGAGGUCGAUUUGGUGCGGAAGGCGGAGAGGCUCGUCAAGUUGGCCGGGCUGGACCCGAAGAUGGCGACGCCGGAGGAUAUGGACGAGCGCGAUGCGUGGUUCACGCGCGCUGGCGAUAUCGUGAAGCAGAAAGAGGGGCUAUGCUUGAUGAUGUGGCGGGAGGCGAUGGACGACGAUGAGGAGGACCUUGAUGCUCUCGUUCUGGUCUCAGACGAGGACACGUCGCUGGCGCGCGAAAUGCGUGCGGAUUGGGGGUCGGAUAACCUCUCAGGGUGGCUGAAGGUCCCGGCGUCGAUGCUUACAAAGACUGCCGAGAAGCAGAGGCGGCGGGGUGUAGCUUAGCUUGUCGAUAUCAUUAAUCUCGUUGGGAUGGAUGAGUAUAUCUGACUUGUCCUGAUCGAUUUGUAUACUGAG